UUGUAGGUCAGGGUGUGUCUAGGGUGGGAAAUCUAUGUUUAUAUUUCUUUGUUGGCCGAGUAUGGUUCCCAAUCAGAGGCAGCUGUCUAUCGUUGUCUCUGUUUGGGGAUAAUACUUAGGCAGCCCUUUUUCCCACCUUCUGUUGUGGGAUCUUGUCUUUGUGUGUUGCAUGUGUUGCACUCCUUGCUUUACGUUCGUUGAGUUGUUUAUUGUUUUUGGUGGAACAUUUAAAAUUCAAGAAAAUGUACGCCUACCACGCUGCACCUUGGUCUUCAUUUAACGACGGACGUUACAACAGGACUAAGAUUGAAUCCUACUACACCGGCUCUGACACUCGUCGGAUGUGGCAGGGCUUGCAAACUAUUACGGAUUACAAAUGGAUACCCAGCCGCGAGCUGCCCAGUGACGCGAGCCUAACAGACAAGCUAAAUGCCUUCUAUGCUCACUUCGAGGUAUGGAAGACUGAACACUACCUGAGAGCACCAGCUGUUUCGGACAACUGUGUCAUAACACUCUCCGUAGCCGAAGUGAGUAAGACCUUCAAACAGGUCAACAUUAACAAAACCGCAGGGCGGAUUACCAUGACCAACUGGAAAGUGUCUUCACUGACAUGUUCAACCAUUCCCUGAUCAAGUCUGUAAUAGCUACCUGUUUCAAGCAGACCACCAUAGCCCCUGUGCCCAAGAAUGCCAAGGUUACCAGCCUAAAUGACGAAUGCCCCUUAGCACUCACGUCUGUAGCCAUGAAGCGCUUUGAAAGGCUGGCUCACAUAAAUACCAUCAUGCCAGAAACCCUAGACUCACUAUAAUUUGCAUACUGACCAGAUGCCCUUUCCCACCUGGACAAAAGGAACACCUACGUGAGAAUGCUGUUUGUUGACUACAACUCAGUGUUGAACACCAUACUGUCCAUAAAGCUCAUCACUAAGCUAAGGACACUGGAACUGAACACCUCCCUCUGCAACUGGAUCCUAGACUUCCUUACGGGCCACCCCCAGGUGGUAAGGGUAGGCAACAACACAUCUUCCACGCUGAUCCUCAACACGGGGGACCCUCAGAGGUGCGUGCUUAGUCUCCUCCUGUACUCCCUGUCCGUACACGACAGCGUGGCCACGCACGACUACAACACCAUCAUUAAGUUUUCCAACGACACAAUGGUGGUAGGUCUGAUCACCAACAACAAUGAGACAGCCUAUAGAGAGGAGGUCAGAGACCUGGCAGUGUGGUGCCAGGACAACAACCUCUCUCAAUGUGAGCAAGACAAAGGAUUUGAUCAUGGACUACAGGAAAAGGAGGGUCGAGCACGCCCCCAUUCACAUCGACUGGGCUGUAGUGGAGCAGGUUGAGAGCUUCAAGUUCCUUGAUGUCCACAACCCUAUUUUAUGUUUUUUAUUUCACCUUUAUUUAACCAGGUAGGCUAGUUGAGAACAAGUUCUCAUUAACAACUGCGACCUGGCCAAGAUAAAGCAAAGCAGUGCGACACAAACAACAACACAAAGUUACACAUGGAAUAAACAAACAUACAGUCAAUAAUACAAUAGAAAAAGUCUAUAUAAAAUGUGUGCAAAUGAGGUAGGACAAGGGAGGUAAGGCAAUAAAUAGACCAUAGUGGUGAAAUAAUUACAAUAUAGCAAUUAAACACUGGAGUGAUAGAUGUGCAGAAGAUGAGUGUGCAAGUAGAAAUACUGGGGUGCAAAGGAGCAAAAUAAAUAAAAUAAAUAACAGUAUGGGGAUGAGGUAGUUGGGUGGGCUAUUUACAGAUGAGCUAUGUACAGGUGCAGUGAACUGUGAGCUGCUCUAACAGCUGGUGCUUAAAGCUAGUGAGGGAGAUAUGAGUCUCCAGCUUCAGUGAUUUUUGCAGUUUGUUCCAGUCAUUGGCAGCAGAGAACUGGAAGGAAAGGUGGCCGAAGGAGUAAUUGGCUUUGGGGGUGACCAGUGAAAUAUACCUGCUGGAGAGCGUGCUACGAAUGGGUGCUGCUAUGGUGACCAGUGAGCUGAGAUAAGGCGGGGCUUUACCUAGCAAAGUCUUAUAGAUGACCUGGAGCCAGUGGGUUUGGCGACGAAUAUGAAGUGAGGGCCAGCCAACGAGAGCAUACAGGUCGCACUAUCAAACUAUCAUGGUCCAAACAGACCAAGACAGUCAUGAAGUGGGCAAGACAAUGCCUAUUCCCCCUCAGGAGACUGAAAAUAUUUGGCAUGACUCCUCAGAUCCUCAAAAAGUUCUACAGCUUCACCAUCGAGAGCAUCCUGACUGGUUGCAUCUCCGUUUGGUAUGGCAACUGCUCAGCAUCCGACCGCAAGGAGCUACAGAGGGUAAUGCGUGGGGCCCAGUACAUCUACUAGGCGGUGUCAGUAGGAAGGCCCUAAAAAUUGUCCAAGAAUCCAGCCACCUGUCAUAGACUGCUCUCUCUACUACCGCAUGGCAAGAGGUACAGGAGCGCCAAGUCUAGGUCCAAAGGACUCCUUAUCCCUUGGCCUACAAUGUCCGCGCCCCCUUGGAAUAAUAAUUAACAUAAUCAAAAAAUCCAUCUGUUUAAGGUAGAAAUAUCUGUUUUUUUGCAUGGGCUGCGUUUCAAUCCACCACAUCUGCCUAUAUCGCCCUUCCGCAUCUGUGGUGAAAGGUGGCAGAACUAGAGCAGUGUUUGUCAGACCAUGAGAGACUCCGAAAAUCAGUCUUCUCACAAAAACGAUUAUAACCACCCUACGGAAAGCUCUCACAAACAUGUAGGUGUCGGUUGUGUUAUCUCUAGAACGACCACAAGCCUCAUAAGACUCGUCUGAAGGUCCCUAGUACCAGUUAAAAAAAAUGUAUGGUAUAUAUGCCUAAAAUAAGGGUAUAACAAACAAACACACAAAAAAAAAAAUAUAUAUACAUUAUAUUACUGAUCUUUCUUAUAUCUCUCAGAUAUAGGACACACUUAAGAUUAAAUAUGUUGUUCCAUGUAGUGAAUCUGUUAUUCCGUGUGUUUCAAUUGGCUAAUAGCAUUAAUGCCAAAUUGAAUGUUCCAUCCAAUAAUACUUUUUUUUUAAAGCUAAAUAGUCAUUGGUAUGACCACCUUAAAACAAUUCCAUGUCAGCUUAGAACCCCAAUCCACAAUCAUGUUGGUUAACAAUAGCACAGUAUACCCUUAUGGGAAAAAAACACAUGCAUGUGAACGUGAACACGUGAAGUGUUACAAAAACAUGCUUCAUGUGAUCUUAUGUGAAGUCAAUGUAAUAACAUGUGACAACUACAUGUGUGAAAGCAUGUGGUUUUUCUGUAAGGGUCCAACUUCUCUCACAACCAAGCCCUAACCUUUUCCUGUAGUAUCAGAGCACCAAUAGACACAUUAUACUAUUAACUUUCCCAACUAGAAGUAUUAUUGAUACUCAGUCAAGUACCUUUGAAGUAGCUCCAAGCAAACAUUUAUCCAAUAAAGAGCUCGUUGAAUUUCUGAUCUUUAGACAUUAUGACAGGGUUGUAUUGAGUCAGAGGAGAACCAAACCACAUCCAUUCAAGACUUGAAUAAACAGGAUGACAUGUUUUUGCCCUCUCUUGACAGUUUUCCUAAGCAUGUCCAAAAAACUAUAACACAUCCCUUGAAUAGGCUACAUGGCUAAUUAGGCUAUCCUUUAUAUGAAUGUCAAUACUGAAACAAAACAGUUCCACAGUCAAAGACGUACAAGACUUGCCAAGAAUAAAAACUAGAUUUCAUCUGUAAUCCUCUGUUAGUGUCACAAUAUAAUUAGAGAAUUAGUCACUUGGGGCAUUACGUAGUUAACACAUAAUGCCACCUCUGUACCUGGUGACCAAGCGGGGCAGUAAAACAAUAGCAAUAGGAAGGAAACAGAGAGGCUGUAACAGACACUGUCAGCUGGGUUGGGGGUAGGAAAGCUGGACCAGACAGACCGGAUGUCCUGCUAACAAGGUUGUGAACACAGAUGUGUCCAGCGAUCCAGCCUCAGCACAUGGCCAAUAUGCCAUUAUUGAAGCAGUGGAUAGCCCAGUAUGAUUGAUGACUGAGUGUUGUUGUUUGAUGUUAUCAACUACUGAAGGGUUUUCAUACUCCAUGGAAUUCUCCUUCAAAUAAACAAUACGUUUAAUCAUACUGUAACAGUAGGAUAAACCCAUAAUUAAAAAAAUGAUUAGGUUAGUUACAACACCAGUGAAGGAAAUUGAGAUGUGUGUUUAUACUGAGCUGGUUGUCUGGCUGUUACAGGGGGAUCGUCACACUCCCGUAGAGCAGAGCUCUUGUUACCAACUAGCUCUCACAGUCUCAAGUCAAAAUGAGAAGUUCAUCCAUGUUUCUCAAACGUCAAAUUUCGAAGUUGUUCCAAACGUCAUUUUUCUAAAUGUUAAGGUUAUUAAGUUUAGGCAUGAACUCCUCAUUUUUAAGGUAAGGGAUAAGGUUUGGGAUAGGCUUAAAACAAAAAAUCUCAAAAACAACUUUCUAUCGCUUGAUUCAAACAUGCAACCUUGGUUCAAGAGACAGAUGCUUACGCCCGUCCGCCAUCCCUGUCCACAACGCCCUUGCAAAACUGAAACCUAGUUGAAGGUAACAGCGCUCAUGGUUGCCCCUAGUGGCCAGUUUCCAUGUCAUCUACUGACGUCCUCAGACACGGAUGGACGUCGAAUACUGACUUGGAUCACGGGUGACCUGGUUGCUUUUUGCAGGGGAGGAUGACAGACUGAACACAGGUAAACAAGAGGCUCUUGUGAUGUCCUCCUGGGGACCAGAAACAGGAUUCCAUUGAAAGACACACCUACCUGGAGAAUCGGUCAAGCUUGGUCUUUGUCUGUGGACAACCCAAUGAACUUGAACGCAAUGUCCACCCUCCCCUUUCUCUCUCUCUCUCUCUUUCAACCUCCCUCACCCCUCCCCUCUCUCGCUCUGUUUCUCAGAUACAGUCCUCACGUUGCAGAUCAUCAAGUGUAAUCUAUCCAGCCUAUUCACAGGUCCCCAAGGGGCACUGGGCCAUGCUCAAUUAGGUCAGUAUGUCUGUCUCUCUUCAUUACAUGCAUUUGGCUGCAUAUAGCCUAUGUGUAAUUCAGGCACUGGAGGGAAGUUGACUCGGUAUGAUUGGCUAGACUAAACUAUACCCUGCAUUUAUUAACAACAUAUUCAGUUGUAUUUAACAAAUAAAAUCUACAUGGUAAAUGACAAAGUUCAGCUUUGAUGGAAAGGCAUGCUUUAUUAGGUACAUUUAAGUUUUUGCAAGCACCAGAGACUUUAUGACUUUUCAUAUCACUUUUCAUACUGCUAGUCUUCCGUCAGAUUACAUUUCUAUCAACAAUGACCUCAAAAUGUUUGAUAUACUGUACACUAAUAUAAGACUGACCAUAUAAUUAGAAUGUAGGUGAGAGUGGAGUAAGUUGAGCCAUUUUUUACAUUCAGCAUCACCCUGUCAAGGGAAAUAUAGUAUUCUUUGUAACAAAGAUAUCUACAUAUAUUUCAGGAUGUUAUGUAUCGCUGGAAAUAAUCUGAUUACAGUUUUGAAAAUAUAGCACCUCCAAAAAAAGUCUCUUGGCACAACGUAUGGGGUACGUUGAGCCGCGGGACAGGGUAAGUUAAGUCGCCUACACAUUUCUGUGCUGAAUGAAAUAUUACCCCAACUUAAAAAAAAAAUGUUAUCUAUAUUUAUUUCCCAAACUCAAUUCCACACAAUCGCUUUUUUGUCUUUUAAUCAUUUUAAGCAUCUUUAACACAGGCGUAACACCUUAAAAAAAUAUAUAUAUGCUUUAACAUAGGCCUGGCCCUGUUGUUACCUCAUAUCCCAGCACUCAUGCCUCGCAUUACGCCUGGGAAGAAAACACUUACAUUUUCUCAAUUUAACAUUGGCUCAUCCUUUGGCUCAUCUUGCCCUAAGUCCAACAUUUUGACUGUAUUAGCCCACACAGCUACAAGGAUGCAUCUUCAUGCAAGGAUUAGGACCUCAUCAGGUUUUAAAUACCCCAACUGGUGUAUAGAACAAUCUUAAAAUGAUAGAAUAGAAUACGAUUUUAUGAUAGAAGCAUCAUAAAACCUUUAACACGAUAAAUUAAUUUGACUUUGUGAAAAAACAUACUUUUUUUUUUACCUAACGUGCAUACCACUUUUUCUUCCUUCACAGACUGCAUGAAAUGGUGACCUCUUCCUAAAUACACUACAAGACCAAAAGUAUGUGGACACCUGCUCGUUGAACAUCUCAUUCCAAAAUCUUGUGCAUUAAUAUGGUGUUGGUCCCCCCUUAGCUGUUAUAACAGCCUCCACUCUUCUGGGAAGAAUUUCUACUAGAUGUUGGAACAUUGCUGCGAGGAUCGGCUUCCAUUCAGUCACAAGAGCAUUAGUGAGGUCGGGCACUGAUGUUGGGCGAUUAGGCCUGGUUCACAGUCGGCGUUCCAAUUCUUGCCAAAGGCAUUCGAUAUGGUUGAGGUCAGGGCUCUGUGUAGGUCAGUCAAGUUCUUCAACAUCGAUCUUGACAAACCAUUUCUGUAUGGACCUCGUUUUGUGCACGGGGGCAUUGUCAUGCUGAAACAGGAAAGGGCCUUCCCCAUACUGUUGCCACAAAGGUGGAAGCACAGAAUCAUCUAGAAUGUAAAUUGUAUGCUAUAGCGUUAAGAUUUCCCUUCACUGGAACUAAGGGGCCUAGCCCGAACCAUGAUAAACAGCCCUAGACCAUUAUUCCUCCUCCACCAAACUUUACAGUUGGCACUAUGCGUUCGGGCAGGUAGUGUUCUCCUGGCAUCCGCCAAACACAGAUUCGUCUGUAGGUCUGCCAGAUGGUGAAGCGUGAUGUCCAACGGCGGCGAACUUUACACCACUCCAACCGUUUAAACGAGAGGCUGCCUGGAUCUUUAAUUUAAAGACCCUUGCUCCCUUCGGUCUCAUUGUAGACUUUGAUUUGAAGCCAUUCUUGUGAUUAUUGUGAUUUUGCUAUUCAUUGGAAAUGUUUGAUGGCCUAUGUAGCCAAUUUGUAUCUAUGAUCGUAUGCUAUCCAUUCAUGUUUCUUGUAUGUUCUUUUAAUAUCUGAGAAUUAACCAAUGAUAUCAGGCCACACCCAGCCAUGAUUACAGACACCUGUGUGUGUCCUUUGACACUAUAUAAACUAGUGACCCGCAGUGUUUGUCAUUCCACCCUGAUGAAGACAGCUUGUCUGUCAAAACGUUGGUUAUUAGGUUAUUAAAUUACUGCACCUGAGCUCUUAGAGUGUUUUUUUUUAUUACUUGGACUAUUUCUUUAUGUUGGAUGCCAAUACUCUUGUACGGCUUCCAAUAGCCAAAGAUCUAUCUUUCUCUAUCCAAGCAUCCAUUUUUAUUCCUGUAGGAUGAGGGCCCACUUCAGUAAGCAAGGAGGUAAAUGUUGCAGUAAAUGACUUCACUGUAAAUAUGAUAAUCAUACAUGAAAAUAGUCAAAGAUUUUCCACCAUUUGUGUCUCAACAUGACAGGCUUAUUUGGUGUUUUGUUUAUUUGUUCUGAGCUUCAACUGUGUGCUAAAUGUAGACAGAAUGUAUUCAGGAAGCAAGCAACAGCAAAAACAGUGCAAUAGCUUUUCCCCCUGAAAGCCUCAGACCUAGCCAUAAACUACAAGGAACACAUCAUUCAGUUGCUUAGUAACAAGGAAAAACAAGAGAAGGCUAGCAGUACUCAGUUUAUGCAGGCCAGGCUGACAGAAAAAUGUAAAAAAACACAGGUCCUUAGCUGUAUCCACUUAAAAACGACAGAGCAGUGCCCUUCCUGGUUUACAUAGCUCUUGGUGGCUCUUAUGUAUAAUUCACAGCCAGGGAGAUGGAAGGAUCCUCGACAAACCUUGGGAGAGCGUUCCUGUGUCGUAGGUCUGGAGAUUGCACCCUCUCCGGCUCUGCACUGAUCUGGGUGGUGGACGAACUUCAAUACUGCAUGAUGGCCAAGGGCAAGAGGAAGUCAAGCGAGCCCAAAGGCCGGAAGAUCACCCUAAAGAUGGCUAAGCUGGCCCUGAAGCUGACCGUGGAUGGCAAGCGUCGGCUGGACCUCAGCAACAUGGAGAUCACCACCUUCCCCAAGUGCAUCCUGAAGCUUUGCGAUGUGGAUGAGCUGGACCUGAGCCGCAACCUGCUCAAGAAGAUCCCAGACUCUAUCGCCAAGUUUGUCAACCUCUGCUUUUUGGACCUCCACAGCAACCAGCUGGACCAGGUUCCGAAAGCUAUCGGGCGCCUCCAUAACCUAUACAGCCUCAACCUGUGUAACAACUGUCUGAGCACUGUAGGACUCCCCAAUGAGAUCGGUCUCCUGCGAAAAAUGAGGAGCCUCAACCUCGGCAUGAACGUCCUGGAGAGCAUCCCAUCCUCUAUCGCAGCCCUCAAGGAGCUGCGUCACCUUGGUCUGUUCAACAACCACCUGACCCGGGUACCUGAGUGCCUCCGCAACCUGCCCUACCUGGAGACUGUCAACCUGAAGUGCAAUCCCAUUCCCUUGGAGGAUGACAAAGGCAUAGACCCCAUCCAGAGGGUGGAGUGCCUGUACCUGGUGAGGGAGAGCUGUCUGUGUGCCUGCUGCCUCCAGAAGGUCAAAGACGACAGGCAAAGGGUGAACAGCAGGCUGAACAGAGGCCCCGCCCACAGGAAGUCUAUCUUCGCCGGCCUGAACACACCCAACUCGGUGGUGCAGGAGCACCAAGCCAACUGGAGGUGAUGGAGGAACCAGGUCCUCAAUAGGUCAUCAAAAGGCCACCAAGGACAUAUUAUUUAUGAUAAAAACAGUCCAGGUGCUCUAUUGCAAUAGCUACUUAUUACUUGACAAUGUAUAUUAGGCAUAUCAGGAAUUCUGGAAGAAGAAACAUUACAGGGGUUGCAGUCACACAUAACCAGCCUUCUAUAAGCUGCUCGGUCUGUGGUUUGUUGUACUCUAUCGCCCUCUAGAGUUUGGAGUCCUGUAGUGUUCUCCAACAGACACUGCACUGGAAAUCUACCUUAGCUUUACCAAUACUACUUUCA